UCGUUCUCAGCAGAGCCGCCCCCCAUUGAGAAAAGGAUAAAGAGGAAAUAGCCUUUGGGAAGCAAACCUCUGCGGCCCUCUAUCUCUCUAUCUGCUUUUUGUUUGUUUCUUUGUCGUUGGUGCUUGCUGGGUAUUAAUCUCUCUGCAUAAAAUAGGAAAAACCCAACAAAAAAAAAAAGUGAACUUUGUGGGUUGUCUUUCUACUUGAUAGUCUCUGAGAGAGAGAGAGAGAGAGAGAGAGAGAGAGAGGAGUUUUUUGAUCCUUGUUCUAUUUUUUCUUUGCUAGAGAGAGGAGAGAGAGGAGAGAGAGAGAUGGAGAUGAUAUAUUACCAGCCUUCUUACCAGGAGUCCUUGAGUGCUUUAGAGGAAGAUAUACAGCAUGCAAAUUCUCUAGCUGCUGCAAUUCCGAGAGGCAAAGGCGGUGCCCGGUUUCAGAUGAAAUUGGUUUACAAUCAGUUGGCUCCCCUAUUUAUGUUUUUGUUGCAAUGGAUUGAUUGCUCAUGCACUUGCCUGCUCCCUAGAUACCUAAAUUUCUUCCACAUACGUGUCUACAAGGUAUACACAGACGGUAGGCCUAUUAUUUCAACUCAUGGAAGGAAAGCUUCUAUAAGGGACUUCUAUUCUGUCAUCUUACCGUCUCUUCAGCGGCUUCACGGAGAUUUGGGGGAGUUGGAUGAUGCUAAGGAAGGACAUCCUAGGCUUCCUAGCAUGGAAAGCUCUGGAAAGAAGAUGAUUAAGGGAGAUGGUAGCCUUGUUAAUGCUGAGGUGGAGAGGGAAGAGGAGUGUGGGAUUUGUUUCGAGCCUUGCACCAAAGUGGUCUUGCCUAAUUGCUGUCACGCAAUGUGCAUCAAAUGCUACCGCAAUUGGAAUAGAAAGUCGGAGUCUUGCCCAUUUUGUCGUGGUAAUAUAAAGAGAGUUAAUUCUCAAGACUUAUGGGUGCUCACUUGCAACGAUGAUGUGGUUGACACCGAAACAGUUUCUCAAGAGGACUUGUUGCGUUUCUACCUCUAUAUCAACAGCCUGCCGAAAGAUUACCCAGACGCCCUCUUCUUGGUGUAUUACGAGUAUUCUAAUUUGUUCUAAGAAGCGGAGAGUGGUGUACAGAUAAAAAAAAAGCCGCCCUGUCAAAUGUAAAUAGAAUCCGGUAAGGAACUUCUAUUGAAUUUUUACACAAAAUAACAAGUUUCAAAUGUUAUGCAUAUCGAAAAUUUAGAAGUCAGUGUAAGACUGCUGCAUUACUGAUGCCAAAGUCUGCAUCUUGAGAAUAUAUUUAUGUUAUGAGUUGAA